AUGGGAGAAACCGCCGCUCCUCCUCCUUCUGGCCGCAUUUCCGUCCACCAGCUCCUCGGCGGCGGUUCAGUGGCCGAUGUUCUGUUAUGGCGGAGAUGGGGCGUGAGCUUGACGUUGUUAGUCGUUUCGUCGACCUCGUGGUAUCUAUUCGAGCGAGCGGGAUACAAUUUGCUGACAUUCGUGGCCAAUGUGCUGUUCCUCCUCGUUCUGAUACUCUUCCUGUGGGCGAAAUCUGCUUCUCUUCUCAACCGGCCACUGCCGCCAAUUCCUGAUCUAGAAAUAACUGAGGAGACUGUUGACAGAGUUUCUCAAGUUGUUCAAGUUUAUGUGAACCAUGUACUGGCAGUUGGAUGUGACAUUGCAAUUGGUAGGAAUUUGAAAGUCUUCUUACAGAUCUCUUUUGUCUCGUGGAUCGUGUCUUACGUUGGUAGCCUCUGCAGUUUCCUUACUUUUGCGUAUGCUGGGAUUCUUCUCAGUCUUUCGAUCCCAGUGGUGUAUGACAAAUUCCAGCACCAGAUUGAUGAAAAGUUGGUUGUAGCACAGAGAAUACUUGAAGCUCAGCAAAGGAAAAUUGAUGAGACCCUUCUGAAGAAGCUUCCGCGGCCAUCACAGAAAGAAAAGAAGGUGCUAGAGGUUGUGAACGCGGUUGCAGGCUCUUAUGUGCUUGGGAACGUCUUCGUGCUAGCUUCUGCAAAAGACAAGGCCAUCCGAAACCCGGUGGAAGAAGAUUUGGACAAACGCCAAUCCAUUCAGCAGCAGGAGAAAAGCUUUCAACUUCAGGAGGGUUCAGAAGCUGAUAGAUUAGUAAUCUUUUUAUUCUCUCUUCAGUUACCUCGUGCACUUCACGCUGCUUCAGUUGCUUUCACUCUUUACCACCACAAUGGCCGCAAUCUUGUCCUGCCUCCAACACAAAACAUUCCUUGUGCAGCAGCUUAA